AUGGCUGUGGACAGUACCCCAGAGACUGAUCUGGACAGGUUGCCAGGAUAUCACCCACUUAUUAAGGAAGGCGUGAGCGACGGAGAGGUCCCAGAGGAGAUGACCCUGGUGAAUGAAGGCAGCCUGGAAGGUGAAAUCUGGAGUAAACCUUUGGCCCAGCUGUGGCAGAGCCGACCACACAAUCCAAAGAAAGAGAGGGAGUACAAUCUGCGUAUGGGGAGGAAACAACCAUACUGCUGCGUAUGCGCCCUCUUCCACACAUACCAGCAGGGAGCUGGUAGUGCGGACAGUCCUAUCAUUCUUCCUGGAGAUGAGAUGAGGAGCAAGCCCCUCAUCCCAGAGUUCUGCUUCAGCAUCACCACAGAGGAAGAGGCAGAGGACAAUGAGCGGACCUUUAGCACAGCCUACGUGGAAGAGGAUGGCACCAGUCUACUCAUCAGCUGCUCGGAGUGCUGCGUGCGCGUUCAUGCUACAACACACCCCCUGCGCCCCUCGACCACACCCCCCUGCGCCCCUCGACCACGGCCCCCUGCGCCCCUCGACCACGGCCCCCUGCGCCCCUCGACCACGGCCCCCUGCGCCCCUCGACCACGGCCCCCUGCGCCCCUCGACCACGUCUGUCACACGCAGUCUGUCACACGCAGUCCGUCACACGCAGUCCGUCACACGCAGUCCGUCACACGCAGUCCGUCACACGCAGUCCGUCACACGCAGUCCGUCACACGCAGUCCGUCACACGCAGUCCGUCACACGCAGUCCGUCACACGCAGUCCGUCACACGCAGUCCGUCACACGCAGUCUGUCACACGCAGUCCGUCACACGCAGUCCGUCACACGCAGUCCGUCACACGCAGUCCGUCACACGCAGUCCGUCACACGCAGUCCGUCACACGCAGUCCGUCACACGCAGUCCGUCACACGCAGUCUGUCACACGCAGUCUGUCACACGCAUCUGUCACACGCAGUCUGUCACACGAAGUCUGUCACACGCAGUCUGUCACACGAAGUCUGUCACACGCAGUCCGUCACACGCAGUCCGUCACACGUAGUCCGUCACACGCAGUCCGUCACACGCAGUCUGUCACACGCAGUCCGUCACACGCAGUCCGUCACACGCAGUCCGACACACGCAGUCCGACACACGCAGUCCGUCACACGCAGCCCGUCACACGCAGUCCGUCACACGCAGUCCGUCACACGCAGUCUGUCACACGCAGUCUGUCACACGCAGUCUGUCACACGCAGUCCGUCACACGCAGUCCGUCACACGCAGUCCGUCACACGCAGUCCGUCACACGCAGUCUGUCACACGCAGUCUGUCACACGCAGUCUGUCACACGCAGUCCGUCACACGCAGUCCGUCACACGCAGUCUGUCACACGCAGUCUGUCACACGCGUCUGUCACGCAGUCUGUCACACGCAGUCCGUCACACGCAGUCCGUCACACGCAGUCCGUCACACGCAGUCCGUCACACGCAGUCCGUCACACGCAGUCCGUCACACGCAGUCCGACACACGCAGUCCGACACACGCAGUCCGACACGCAGUCCGACACACGCAGUCCGUCACACGCAGUCCGUCACACGCAGUCCGUCACACGCAGUCCGUCACGCAUCCGCAUCCGACACACGCAAUCCGACACACGCAGUCCGUCACACGCAGUCCGACACACGCAGUCCGUCACACGCAGUCCGUCACACGCAGUCCGUCACACGAAGUCCGUCACACGCAGUCCGUCACACGCAGUCCGUCACACGCAGUCCGUCACACGCAGUCCGUCACACGCAGUCCGUCACACGCAGUCCGUCACACGCAGUCCGUCACACGCAGUCCGUCACACGCAGUCCGUUACACGCAGUCCGUACACACGCAGUCCGUCACACGCAGUCCGACACACGCAGUCCGACACACGCAGUCCGACACGCAGUCCGACACACGCAGUCCGUCACACGCAGUCCGUCACACGCAGUCCGUCACACGCAGUCCGUCACACGCAGUCCGACACACGCAAUCCGACACACGCAGUCCGUCACACGCAGUCCGACACACGCAGUCCGUCACACGCAGUCCGUCACACGCAGUCCGUCACACGAAGUCCGUCACACGCAGUCCGUCACACGCAGUCCGUCACACGCAGUCCGUCGCAGUCGUCACACGCAGUCCGUCACACGCAGUCCGUCACACGCAGUCCGUCACACGCAGUCCGUCACACGCAGUCCGUCACACGCAGUCCGUUACACGCAGUCCGUCACACGCAGUCCGUCACACGCAGUCCGUCACACGCAGUCCGUCACACGCAGUCCGUCACACGCAGCCCGUCACACGCAGUCCGUCACACGCAGUCUGUCACACGCAGUCCGACACACGCAGUCCGUCACACGCAGUCCGUCACACGCAGUCCGUCACACGCAGUCCGUCACACGCAGCCCGUCACACGCAGUCCGUCACACGCAGUCCGACACACGCAGUCCGACACACGCAGUCCGACACACGCAGUCCGACACACGCAGUCCGUCACACGCAGUCUGUCACACGCAGCCCGUCACACGCAGUCCGACACACGCAGUCCGACACACGCAGCUGCUAUGGUGUUGAUCCUGCCAGUGUGGAUAGCGGCUGGAAGUGUGCACGCUGUAGAGCCAAUGCCUUCACAGAGAACUGUUGCCUGUGCUCAUUGA